AUGCGCGAAGGCGACGAUGGCGGGGGUACAUCGUACUCCGUAAAUAAUAAUGUUUUGUUGCAUCCCGGUGUAGCGAGCCAAAACAAAAUGGACAUUAGCAACGCCAAUGGGCCGUACGACUCUAUUGGACCACGAGAUUCCAAUAUUUCGUCCAGACCUCAAAACUUUUCUUCGGUGGGACCAGCGAUGCUAGAUCAUUCCGAGUUUUAUAACAGCAUCGAUCGCUUCAACUUGGACUUGUCGCUUCGUUCGAAUGUCGCCAACAUGACACUAUCUGGUGAAGAUGUUGAGUCUAUCGCCGAUUUGAUUGAUGAUGCCGCUGGUGAUGUCGAUAUAAACGCCAACACAACGCCCAAUGCCCCCGCCACGAAUAACGCCGCCGCCACCAACACCGCCACCGCCACUACCGCCACCACCACUGCCACCACCACUGCCACCGCCACCACCUCCUCAACAUCAACCGCUAAGCGUCCAUAUACUUCCACAGUUUCUGCUAAUACCGCAACUAGAAACAUUGCUUCUGACGGCACCAGUGCUGGCGCUAAUUCUACUCUGGCUACAACUGCAACAAAUAGACGAGCUGUACCUGCUGCUUCUUCUUCUGGGACUAACAAUGUGAUCACCGAAAACUGCCGUCUGCGGGUAGUAAACCGAAAUCAUCGUCAGGACACACGGAACCUAACUGCAGAUCACCUUAAGUCGUUCUACGUAACCCCCUUUGAUGUGGAACAAACCGAAGAUGACAUUGUAGAAUAUUUACGGGAGACUAUUAAUGUUGGAGAAUCCUCGUUGAAAUGUGUGAAAUUAGUUCCUCGAAAUAAGGACAUUAGUGAGCUUUCUUUCAUUUCAUUCAAAGUGUCUGUUUCCGAUAAUCUUGUUCCAUUCGUUAACGACAAGUUUUACUGGCCGGAAGGCGUCGAGGUACGCGAAUUCGAACCAAAAAACGAGAAGCAAACCGUUCCGAUAAUUACGACAUAA